GCUGGAGCUCCCACCGUCCCCCCUGGCAGCAAUAAAAAGGCGAGGGAGCAGGCACAUCGGCAGAGCCCGUCGAGGAGCGCAUCCCCAGGUACGCCGGCUGCCUGCCCGCUGCAGAGAUGGUGCAAGCGACUCCCUUCCUCCUGAUGCUCAGCCUGGCCCUGGUGGCUCCUGGCUUCUCUGCGAGAAAGUGUGUGCUGAGCGGGCGUUGGGUCAACGACCUGGGCUCCAACAUGACCAUCGGGGCUGUGAACGGAAAAGGCGAUUUCACUGGCAGCUACCACACGGCCGUGACUGCCACGAGAAAUGAGAUCCAGCUGUCACCGCUGCAGGGGUCCCAGCAUCGCACAAACAACAAGGGCCAGCCCACCUUUGGGUUCACAGUCAAUUGGAGCUUUUCAGACUCUGUCACCGUCUUCACGGGCCAGUGCUUCGUGGAUGAGAAUGGAAAGGAGGUUUUGAAGACCAUGUGGCUCCUGCGGUCCCGUGUGGACAACAUCAAUGACGACUGGAAAGCCACCAGGGUCGGCAUCAACAUCUUCACCCGCCUGCCCUCCUCGCAGAAGGAGUGAUGGUGGCAGCAACAGGGUUCCUGGGCCAGCAGCAGCACUGGGCAUUGCCGGGGCGUGGCGCCCCCCCCUGCCCCACCACCUGGUUCUCCCAAUAAAGCUUUGCCACAAACACC